CUUGUGAUUUCAACAUGUCGACUGAAGAUUGGAACGAAGUGAAACGUCUGGCAGCAGACUUUCAGCGUGCGCAGCUGAGCAGUGCUGCCCAGAGAUUAUCAGAACGCAACUGUAUUGAGAUUGUUAAUAAACUCAUAGAAGACAAGUCACUGGAAGUGAUACACACAAAUGAUGGCAAAGAGUACCUGACACAUGCCCAGUUAAUGAGAGAAAUUCGAGAUGAACUUAUUGUGCACUGUGGUAGAAUUAAUCUUGUUGAAUUGCAACAGAUAAUCAAUGUAGACUUCAGCCAUAUUGAAGCUAAAACUAAUGACAUUGUGAAAAGUGACAAGAAUUUGAAUCUUAUUCUAGGAAAGUUAAUAGACAGUGAGUAUUUAGAUUUGAUAGCUGAUGAAAUCAAUGACAAGUUACAGGAAUCAGGUCAGGUGUCAAUCGCAGAGUUAACAAAACAUUAUGAUUUACCUGGUGAUUUCAUUAUAGAGGUGAUAGAACAAAGAUUAGGGACAAUAAUUAAAGGACAGAUGGAUCAGUAUGAUAGAGAUAUCAUAUUCACAGAAUCCUACGUAGCCAGACAGACUGCCAUUAUAAGAGGUGUGUUCAGUGCUAUCACAAGACCAACACCAGUUAUAAGUCUUCUCAACCAGUACAAAUUUCAUGAAAAAUUAUUCUACAAUGUAAUAGAGAAGCUGGUCGAGCAAGGCAGACUGAAAGGCAGUGUGGUUGGUGGAAAGCAAGAUAAGUCUUCAUAUGUACCAGAUAUAUAUGCCAAAACACAGAAUAAUUGGGUUGAUUCAUUUUAUCAACAAAAUGGUUACUUAGAAUAUGACACGUUAGCCAGACUUGGCAUACAGGAUGGUAAAUCCUAUUUGAAGAGAAGAUACAAGUCACAAGAUGUGCUGUAUUUACACACUGUAUGUGUUGGUAGAUCUAUCCAAGAUCAGAUGGAUGCAAGUAUAGAUGAAGCCUUAAAUACUAAUACAUGGGUUGAUAUAUCGCCUCUGCUUCCAUCACCAUUUACAGACACCGAUGCCAAUCAGUUAUUAAAUAAGAUUAUGAAAGAUAAACCAAAUGCCAGGGUAUUCUGUGACAGUAUUGUAGCAAGUCAGUCAUUUCUAACGAAGUGUAAAUCCCCGUUUGAAAAUCUAAUGAAGAAAAAAGCUGAGAAGGAUGCUAAAAAUGCACCUGCAAUGCUUAAAGAAGAGAAAGCUGUCGCUUCUGGAUCCGGUAAAAAAGACAAAAGAGAUGAGAGACGGAAACGUGCCACUGGUGGCGCUGGAAGCACUCAUUCCGGAGUAGGGGGGAAUGCUAGAGAAGUCAAGAUUAAGAAAGCUAAAAAAGGAAGAGGAGGGAGAUUUGUAGAUGCUGAGGAUGAAGAGGAUAUGGAUGAUUUCACACAAGGAUCCCGGGAUCGACCACAAGAACUGAAAUUUAUGUCACAAGAAGAAAUAGAAGACGUACUGAGUGAAAACCUUACUGACUGUUCUGACAAUUUCAUCUCAGAAAUCGCUUCUGAACUGGUUAGGCCUCUCACCAAGUCUUACCAAGAAGUGGCUAGAUCUAUAUUUAUGCAGACUACUGGUACAUCAGAUAGUGUUGACAGACGGAAAACACACUCGGAAUUGCAAGAUAGAAUCAAUGGACUCUGGACUAAUAUUAAAUUAUUUGAGAAAGGAAUUAAAAUUGUCAGCGGUAAGGAGGAUCUCCAAGGUCAGUUAUACAGGUAUAUCUUGAAGACUCUCUGUUCUGAUAUUUCUAAUCUGCUCUUUGAAGCUUUAGCUAAUGAUAACAUGUUGAGAGUAGAAGACUCUAGCACUCUUACACCAGAGCUGAGAGCCAAGCUACUUAAUAAGUUUCCAGCUAAUAUUCAGAGCAAGAUGACAAAAUUACACAAUUCAUUGACAGAAAAGAAUUUGGAUGAUUUUAAUAGUCAUUUUGAUGAUGCAUGUUCUCUCUGUGAUGUGAUGUUAAAAAAGUCUGAUAAAAAGAAAGACAGGCAACUUAUAUUCAACCACAGACAGGCCUUAGCAGAGCAGAUUCGUAACGAGGAAGAGCCUGCCAUGCUGCUGCAUUUAUGUAGUGUUAUGUUAUUCCAAACAUAUACCAACUGUAUGAUCCACGUGCCGGGACGAUGCGUGCCUCAACUCAUCGCUUUCUUAGCAGAUGAGAUCCCGUCGGAGCAUCACGAACAACUACUCAAGUUUCAAGGACUGGUGCAAAAACGACUUGGCACAGAUCGGGCAGAAAAACUAGAUGACUGUAGCGAAAAAAGUGAUGUUGAAAUUAACAGUGAUACUGAAGUAGUCGCCGAAAUGAGUAGCUUUGUAACUGUGAUAAGAGAGAUAGCAUUGUCGAAGAAACAUGUCCCAAAUAAAGAAGACUGAAUAGGGCCACCUAGUGGUGGGAUGUGAAAAGGCAAUAUUUUAAAAUGACAAGUUUGAAGUCACUCAAGAAUAUAUCAUAUCAUAAAUAUAUUAUGUCAAAUAAAGGUCAAUAUUAUAUGCAA